AUCUCAAUUUGAAUUGCCAGGUGAAGCCAAAGAGGGAUUAGUCAAUCAAGGAAUCGUCAAUCCCGAGUUUUGUCAACAUUGUCAAGAUUACAUAUGGGGUAGUGGUGCGAUAGCGGUCAGGUACCCCAACUGUCGCAAUCUUUUUCACAAGAUGUGCGCACCGUUUGCUGAAAAGUAUGAGAAAGAGCUCUUACAGCCAGGAGAUGACCCCUUCAGGGAAGAGUUUGUUGACUACUGGGGAGUGGAGGAUGUGCUGAACUGGAUGGCAGUAACCAACAUGUAUCGGUAUGGAGAACUCUUCAGAGCAAAGAAUAUAGAGGGCGCUAAGUUAAUCUCGCUCAGUGAAGAAUUCUUACAGUCGAUCAGUGUCCUUGAUAAGUUUCAUCAGCAGUGUAUCCUGAUAGCCCGUGACGAGCUGUGCUGGGGCAAGUCUAGGACGAGAAGCGGUGGCAUGGCACCUUCUAGGAGCCAAGCGAGUCAAGGAGAUACUCCUACUACAAUACUAGAUUGCACCCAUCCAAAUACUGAGCAUAGGCUAAAAGAAAGGACAUUCUCUACCAUGCAAUGGUGUGAUAAAUGUGAAAAGUUCAUGUUUGGUCUGGUACAGCAGGGUCUAGAAUGCUCAGACUGUGGAUCUAUCUUCCAUCGUACAUGUGCAGCUACUGGUCUUCCUAGAUGUGACCCAACGGGUAUCAGAACAAGGAGAGAUAGUGCUAUACGUGCCAAUGUGUUCAGCCAAAGCCUAGCAGACCAGUUUGAUCCAUCUCGUUCACAAGCGCCUCUUGUUGUCAUCAAAUGUGUAGACGCGAUAGAAAGCAAAGGUGUUGGAGAGCGGGGUUUAUAUCGAGUAUCUUCAUCGACGUCAGCCGUCAACGAUAUCAAACGCAGCUUCAACGAGAACCCCGAUGCUGUCGAUCUAUCCCGUUAUACCGAUGUCCAUUGCAUCACUGGUGUACUCAAAAGAUAUCUCAGAGAACUGCCUAAUCCUGUCAUUCCAAUUGAAAUGUACGACGGUCUCUUAGCAGCACAUAGAACUGUCGACAAACAUGUCCGCAUUGCCAAUUUGCUGGCCUGCGUUGAGAAGCUUCCUCCAGCACACCAUUCAACUCUGUACUACCUUAUGGCUCACUUCAAGCGAAUUACAUCUCAGAUUCAAGCCUGGCACCUAGCGGCAGUCUUCUGUCAUAUACUACUUAGGCCCCCUCAACAUGAACUCAUAAAUGUUAUCCGGAAUACGAAUGAUCACAAGGAGAUUGUGAACACUCUGAUUGAACACGGAAGAUGGGGCAACACAUCGGAGGAAGAUGCACCAGAGCCUCCCCCUAGGAAGAGCCCAGGUGAUUAUAUCAGCACCGGUAGCACCGACUACCCAAAGUCUCUAAACGAUGCUGAAUGGUACUGGGGAAGUAUAUCAAGAGAGGAAGUAAACGAGAAGUUAAAGGACAUGCCUGAUGGUACAUUUCUAGUCAGAGACAGCAAACAAGAACCUGGCAACUAUACACUUACUCUCAGGCAUGGUGGCAGCAACAAACUUAUCAAGAUCGUCCACAAGAACCGCAUGUAUGGUUUCUCCGAGCCGCUCCGGUUUCAUUCAGUGGUGGAGUUAAUCAACCAUUAUCAUCACGUCUCAUUAGCUCAGUACAACAACAGACUAGAUGUAAGAUUAACCACUCCAGUCUCGAGGAAAGAGCAGGACGAUAUACAAGACAAUGACAUCGGUAAGGUCAUACUACAACUCAAAGACAAGAAUAAAGAAUAUCAAGAUAAGACUAAGCAGUAUGAUGAACUAUAUGAACAGUACAACAAAUUAGCACAGGAAAUCAAGACGAAACGUCAAGCCCUGGAUGCCUUCAAUGAGAUAGUGACGAUGUUAGAAGAACAACUCCAGAUCCAUACGAGCUACCAUCAAGACUGCCAUCCUGCAGAGAAACAAAUGCUGCUUCAGAACUACGAACGACUGGAGAAUCGUCGACAGGAAGUGAAAGAUAGCAGAGAAAACCUGGAAGAACAGCUGAAGAAAGAGGUGGAGGAGAGUAGAGAGUGUGACAGAACUAUGAACAGCCUAAAGCCUAAUAUCCUGGACCUACGCAAUCUCAGAGAUACUUAUGUUGUCUGGCUGGCUAGGAAAGGUGUCAAACAAGACAAGAUCAACAGCUGGUUGGAGAGUCAGGAUGGACCUGGAGAGAAGGAGGUGCAAUAUCACAACAACGAGUCUCUGUGGCUCCUACCGGAUACUAACAGAGCUAAGGCUGAGCAGCUUCUCUAUGGCAAGGCUAAAGGUACAUUCCUCAUACGCAGGACCAGGGAACAAAUCGACUGGGCUUGCUCCAUCGUGGCCAAGGACCAGGGUGAGGUGUGCCACUGUAAGAUCAACUACACUUCAACGGGCUAUGGGUUUGCAGAGCCCUACAACCUGUAUGGGUCCCUCCUAGAGCUGGUACUGGCCUACCAACAGAUCAACUUGGCCCAGCAUAACGAGGAGCUCGACACCAUGUUAGAGUAUCCUGUAUAUGGGCCACAGCCACGAUAGGACGAUCAUCUACCUAUAGAUAUCUGGGACUGUAUACCCUGUAUAUGGGCCACAGCCACGAUAGGACAGUCAUCUACGUAUAGGUAUCUGGGCCUGUAUUCAAUUCAGUACUUGAAUCGUAUUAGUAGUUUACUCAGCAUUUAGCUUAGCUAAAAACAAAAAGUAAAAUGGCUCAAGUCUUAUUCAGAUCACAUCUAAGUAUUCUACUUCAGUAAGCCAACUUUUAGGCAAAAUACUUUGAACUGAUGGCCAUUUUGAUGUCACAUACCAAAUCAAAAAAUUAUGUGCUUCAAGCUGAUAUAAUUGUGUGCAGCAUUUUAUGACCUAUCAGUAUGAGUAUGAAAAAAACCAUGUGCCUGCCAUUCAAGCCCUCCAAAAUAAUUAGUUGAAGCCAACUAGGGAGCUGUCCUAAAUUUAGAGUAAUCAGUAAUUUGCCUUAGCCUAAAACUUGGUAAAAUGCUUGUAUUUAUGACUGAAGUAUUGAAUUGAAUACUAGCCCAGACCUGGAAUGAACAUAUGAA